CAUUUAAGAAUGACUCAAGAAAGCGUUUUUGAUCAGCCAAUGAAAAGCACGCCAAUUUUACCAUUUGAAGUUAUAGCCGUACCUCAAUAUGAUGACGCACGAUUAGUUAAUAAUGCUGAUUAUAAUUUAACUGACCCGAUAAAUAUUAAGAUAAGAAUACGAAAUAAGGAAGAAAAAGGUGAACGAUAUGGCAUCGUUUCAGCUCCUAAGUUAUUUGCAAACAAUGGUAAAAAAGUACGACUUGUCAGCAGUGACCAGACCAUAAUGUCAUUUGACCUAUUCGUAGAACCUGAUACGAGUAAAAAUUUUCAAAAGAAAUCUCAUAAGAACUUUUUUCACUUCUUUAAACCUGGGGGAUGUCUUAGAAUACAAAAUGAUAAUGAUGAUAAAUCUUCCUAUCUACCAAGUGCCACUAAUGACGUAGCCAUAGUAAAGAGCACAUGCAGAAUUGUAGAUACUAAUACCAUUUCUGAAAAAAAUGUAUUAAAAAAAAACUUCCCUGGCAUUCCUUCCACUGAAAGAACAGAAAAGCAGUUAAAAGCCUUCAUGGGAAUAUGUAAACCGGGAGGUUGUUUAGAUCCACCGUUCAAUGAAGAUAAAUAUUCUUACAAACCAGCGUUAAAGCUUUCAUCGACAAGCCUAAAGUACAAAAAUAACGACAAAAAAGUCCUUAGCCCCGAAAAAACAAGCUUAUAUACUGAUAGUGGGGUAAAAAUAAAAAUGAAAGAGAAAAAUAAAAACAUUGGCAUACCACAACUAGAGGAUAAUGGAGAACCUGAUGCACAUUCACUUAUAACGUAUCCAACCUCCUCUUCGAGCAAUGACUUUCGAGUACCUAAGGAAAAUCAUGAUAUGAAAUUAAAAAGUAGACUAUCCAGUGAAAAUAAAGCACGAAUAUCUAAUAAUGAAUUUUCUGAAAUAUUCUUUAUGCCACCAAAAAAAGAAAAAACUAAAAAGAAAGAAGAAAACUUAACUGCAAAGGUUUGUACGAUAAAAGACGCUGACAUCGAUUAUGAAAAGGGCAAUCAUUAUUUAUUAAAACGAGAUCCAUCAGAAUCACCUACUGUUAUAAUAGAAUCUAAAAGCUUCAUUAAUAAUAAUGUCGGAGAAUCAAAAUUAUUUAUUGAAAGUGUACAGGAAAAUGCUAAAUAUGUUGAAUCGAUUCAAAAUAUAAAAAAUUCUAAGCCAAAUUUGUUUGAUAUAAAUGCUGAUGUAAAUACAGUUUUAAAUACACACUCUCAAGACCUAUUGAAUAUAAAAAAGACAACGGAAUUUCCAAAAGAUGCAUAUAACAAGAGUACACCCAAUACUGAAAUUCAAGAAAAAGAAGCAAUAGAGCAAGAUGUUUUUAUAGAGAAACACAAAGAGACGAACAAACACAAAAGUGAAGGAACUGUUGAUUUAGAUGAUAUUAAAUCAUCUCUAAAAAAUACAACCAUACAAAAAACAAACUCCGUCACUACAGCUGAUCCAGUAACUAAAACAAACGAUCUUUUGUAUUCUUUUAGCGAAUCCAUAGACACGCUUGUAAAAGUACAUAAGGAAAUUGCAGAUAUGGGCAAAUUAAUAGAGCCCUCGUUCAAAAGCAAAGAAUUUCAGAAUACAGAUCUAUAUACUAAUACAAAUCACAUUACUGGUCCAGAAACAGAAGCUAUUGAGCAACAUAAUUCAAUUAACGACUCCAAAGGAUCACUUAAGAAAAAACUUGAAGAAAAUACUGACAUAAGCAAAAUAAAAGUAAUAGACAGCAAAGAAAUGCAAAAUGUAGAAUUUGAUAAUAGUGCAAAUUAUCUUAUUAUUGAAUCAAAAGAAUUAAAGGAUUCGGUAAAACAAGAGUCCUUCACAAAAAAACUUGAAGAUAUUACUAUUGCAGCUGAAAUUAAAGCAGCACUUUUAAAAAGUAAGCAUAGAGAUAAUUUACAUACGAGCAGCAUUGUAAAUAAUUAUGUCGUUAAAGCAAAAGAAUCGCAAUAUUCACAGAAAACUCAAGAGACCUCGCUAAGAGUAUCUAUAGAUGUUCCUAACUUAAAUGAAUUAAAAAAUACUCUUAUAACAAGUGAGGAUAUAGGUAAAGAUAAUUUGGAGACAAACAAGAAUACAGAUAAUUCUUUUGAUCGUGAUAAAAUAAAUGAAAUUUAUCAAAAUCUGAAUAAUGAUAUUCCCGAUGUAUACCAAACUGUAUUUUCAUCUGACAAAAAUACUGGUGAAAAGGAAAAUUUAAUGCCUACUUCAAAACUAGAGAAGGGCUACGUUAAAGAACUUGUCGACAAAAAUAUAACAGAUACUCAUUUAAUAUCAAAUGAUGCAAUAAUAGAUAGUCGUAUCGAAUCUAUAUCGAUAUCUUCUACAGAAAUUCUUAGGCAAGCGUCAGAAGUUAAUUCAAUCAGAAAACAAACGAGCUUAAUAUUAAUUAGAGAUGAACAAGGUGGAAAUAUUCUUCGUUCUACUCAUGUAGACAGAAUGGAUAGUGCCGAAAAUAUUAAACAUUUAUAUUCGUCCGAAUCGGUAACCAACGCAUUUAAAUCAAAUAGAAAUAUUCACGAUUUAAAUAAAAAUGUUGAUGGAAGCUAUAAAAGUGAAAACUCAAUAAUCCAUAAAAAUGUAGUACCACUUGAAGAUGAAUCACUCCCAAUUAAAGUUAAAUCUUGGUCGAAAAUUUUGAACGUAAAUGAAUGUAUUAACAACAGGCCUGAUUCCCGUGUCACAAUUAGUGAUAAUGAAAAUUACACUAAAACUAUAAAUUUAACGAAUUUAGAGCAUUUGCAAAAAAAUUACUUAAAACUUAAUCAAUCAGACAAUAGGAAACAAGACAAUAAAGCAAAACCAUGUCAGGAAGAUUUUGGUACAACUACGUAUUCCUCAAUAGCAAUAGACUUCGGUUUUCGGUAUUCUGUUGACAAUGAUAAAUUAAUAAUUCAGACUGUUGAUACUUCAACUCAUUUAAAUAAAGGGGAUAAGAUUAACAUUAUUAAAUCUAUGAUCAGGGCAAACGGUGAUGAAAUUAAAAUACCGAUUGACUUGGAUAUUGAUUUGGCAUUGGUAAUAAAAAAAGCCACGAAUGAAGUUAAGACUUCGCGGAUGGAGGAUAAUUAUGAACAAAAAAUAAAUGAAAAAUCAAUCGAAAACGCUGUAGAAAAAGAUUUAUUACAAGAAACACUUAACUCGGUUUAUAAAACUUUAGUUCCAUUAAAUAUGAUAAUCCAAAAUUUGAAAGAAGAAGCCAAUACACUGUCACGCCAACAGACUUCUAUAAAAGAAACAUUAAAAAAAUUGGAAAAGAAACCGAUGAGAUUGGUUCAAACUAAUGCGCUAUGUGGUUGUCGAAAAAAUUAA